UUAGCGCUUCAAUGGAAGAAGUGUUUGUCGGAAGAGCAUUUUUAUUGUCUAUCCUGAGUCCUGACCGGAAUCACAACGUUCUCCACGAGCAUAGUCGAGCAGUGUGAUUGGCUGACCGGUGUGCAUAAAGAGGAUGGUAAAUCGGUGCGGUAACAUCACCGCAUCGGUCUACCAGUCACCUCGCCUCCCAUCUCAUAUUUUCAUCGACGUCAGACGGGCUAUCGCAGGCCAUGUCCUUGACCCCGGAACAAGUGCAAAUCAUCAAGGCGACGGUCCCGGUGCUCGUCGAGCAUGGGACCACCAUCACUACCCGCUUCUACCAGAACAUGCUCACGGCGCAUCCCGAGCUAAACAACGUCUUCAACAACGCGCACCAGGUCAGCGGGCACCAGCCCCGCGCCCUCGCCAUGGCGCUCUUCGCCUACGCCUCGCACAUCGACGACCUCGGCGCGCUCGGCCCUGCCGUCGAGCUCAUCUGCAACAAGCACGCGUCGCUCUACAUCCGCCCGGAGCACUACGACAUCGUGGGCACGUACCUCCUCGCGGCGAUGAAGGAGGUUCUCGGGGAUGCGCUCACGCCGGCGAUCCACGACGCCUGGGCUGCGGCAUACUGGCAGCUCGCGAAGCUCAUGAUCGACCGGGAGGAGCAGCUCUUCCAGGCGUCGCAGGGCUGGAGAGACUGGAGGGACUUCAAGAUCCAGAGGAAGGUGCGCGAGAGCGACGAGAUCACCUCGUUCUACCUCGUUCCGGUAGACGGUGGCCAGCUGCCCGGGUUCCUGCCCGGCCAAUAUAUCUCCGUGCGGAUGGAGGUGCCGGACCUUAAGGCCUUGCAGGCGCGGCAGUACUCGCUGAGCGACGCGCCAGGCAAGGCCUACUACCGUAUCAGCGUCAAGCGGGAAACGGGCCUCAACAUGGCUGACCCCGGCUCGGCUGCGUACCCGGGCUACGUCUCGAACCUUCUGCACGACCACAAGCACGAAGGCGACGUCCUGCAGGUCUCGCAUCCCUACGGCGACUUCUUCCUCGCUGCACCCACGGACGCGCCCGUCGUCCUCCUCUCCGCGGGCGUUGGCCUCACCUGCAUCAUGUCCAUCCUCAACACGCUCACAGAGUCGGGGUCGCCCCGCCCGAUCGCGUGGAUCCACGCGGCGCGCGCGCAGAAGAUUCGCGCGUUCGCAGCGCACGUCGCAGACAUCGUGCACGCGCAUGAGAACGUGCACACGGUGCUCUUCACGUCGAACCCGGCGGCGGAGGACGUGCGCGGCGUGCAUUACCACCAUGAGGGCCGGAUGGACCUCGCUAGGCUGGAUCGCGAGAAGGACCUAUUCGUCGGCGAUAAGCGGGCGCAGUACUUUGUGUGUGGGCCGACGUCGUUCAUGGUGGAUAUGGAGAAGGCGCUGAAGGGAUACAGCGUUGAGGACGAGCGGGUGCACUUAGAGUUGUUCGGGGCGGGUGGUGUACCGAAGGCUUAAUGAGUUUUCCGAUUUCCCCCCGGUAGAGUAUGACCUCGACGAGGCUGUAAUGGGGCUUAUGUAUCUGUAGACAUCUCAGGGCGCAUGUAUCAUUACAUCUCAGCAACGAAGCAC